CUGUGACAUCACUUGUCGCGAAGCGCUGAGGGACCAGAGGCGAGGUUUAGGGUUAGGGGAACACAUUCAGGAAGCUGUGUCCGCUGAUAAGACCGGAGGGAAGACAUACAACGUAUGGUCUCUGGGUAGAGUGAUCGUCGCUCCUGGAUAUGGCAGGUCUCUAUGGACUGAAGAUCCUGCUGCUAUGGGCUGGGCUCAUAUGCCGGCAGGAUCGAAGUUUGGCAGGCGUCACAGCAACAACAACAUCAUCAUCAUCAACAGUAGCCAUCACCACCAAACCCCCAAGCACUCUCACCACAAUCUUAAACUCUCAGACAGCAUCCAACUCAACCCAUUCUUCACUGGUAGCUGACCAAGAAAACACUUCCACAGACAAAAGCAGCUCGCCCUUUUCUACACCCAAACAACCCACCAAGAAUGCAAACGACUCCACAGAGAGUGUAUCAGGCCCCUUAACUCCAAACACCACCGCCACGACGACCACUACCACCCUCUCACCUCCACUCACUUCGCUUACCCCCACCUCAAACAACCUUACUCAGGCAUCAGGCCAAGCAACCCUCUCCAACGCAACUGGCGGCUCGAGCACCUCUGACCCUGCAGGCACCCGCAACCUAACCCAGGCCUUGCCCACAAACUCCACCUCUCAAAACCAGGCCUUGCCCACAAACUCCACCUCUCAAACCCAGGCCUUGCCCACAAACUCCACCUCUCAAAACCAGGCCUUGCCUACAAACACUUCAGCCAUCCACAACCAAACCUCACCUGCAAGCACCCCGACUUCCACUACAGUUAUCCCCACAGUCAGCCAGACUACACCAGCAUCAACAAAGUGUUCGUACAAAGUCGAGCCUGUCAAAUAUGGCUUUCAGAUUGUUUUAAGCAACCUGACCCCCGGCACAUACAACAUAUCGUACCAGGAUGGAUCAGAACACAACAUUACUGAGGGGCAUCAACCGGUGAACUCCACUAUUGAGGUGAAGCCAUUGAAGCCUUGCAGCACCUACACAGUAACGAAGAUUCAGCCUGAAUGUGAACUCAAAGGAAACAGCACACUGACCACUUGGACAUUGAAUGUGAACAUAAACGUAAAUAAGAAUGAUGAACCCACAAAUAGCUCCAUCAGCCUGAAAUUGAACAUGUCCUCCAAGAAGUGCCAAUCCUCUCACCUUAAGGACCACCUUACAUACAAGUGCUGCUGUAAAGAUAAGAAACAAGAACAUAAGUGCAGUGAAACUAAAGAACAGAAAUGUGUCAUCGGUGGCCUGGAUGCAUUCACAGACUAUGACUGCAGUGUACAGCAAGUGAAGUACAAGAAUAAAACCAUCACCUUAUCUCAAAACAAAACAGCAACAAUCAAAACUGCUCCUGGAAGAUUGAGGCGCUAUAUUGUGUUUACACAGUGGGUUUACUAUGUAGUAAUGUCUUUUUUUCAGAUCUUUACAGACAAUGGGAAACACCAAAGUAAAGCAAUAGAAAAACUAAUUAGAACUCGCUACAAUGACAAAGCUGUGAUUGGGUUCCUGGUCUUCCUCAUCGUCCUGACGUCUCUGGCUCUCCUCUUCGUUCUCUACAAGAUCUACGUCCUGCAGCGCAAGAAGUCCAACAACAAUGAUGAACGGUUUGAGCUGAUUCAGCCAAGUGAUGAGGAGAACCUGAUGACCGUGGAGCCAAUCGGAUCUGAGGUGCUUCUGGACGCAUACAAGAGGAAAAUCGCUGAUGAGGGACGUCUUUUCCUUCAGGAGUUCCAGAGCAUCCCCAGGAUCUUCAGCCGCAACACGGUCAGAGAAGCCAAGAAGUCCUGCAACCAGCCCAAGAACCGCUACGUGGACAUCCUCCCGUACGACUACAACCGUGUCCAGCUGACCACUGGGAAUGGAGAGACUGGCUGUGACUACAUCAACGCCAGCUUCAUCGAUGGUUUCAAGGAGUCUAAGAAGUACAUCGCAGCUCAAGGUCCCAAGGAUGAGACAGUGGGGGAUUUCUGGAGGAUGGUUUGGGAGCAACAAUCCUCUAUCAUCGUCAUGGUAACACGUUGUGAGGAGGGGAACAGGAACAAGUGCGCCCAGUACUGGCCGUCCCCUGAAAGAGAGGCAGAGAUCUUUGAGGAGUUUGUUGUGAAGCUGAACAGAGAAGAUCACUGUCCUGAUUACAUCAUCCGUCAACUCAGCUUGACCAAUAAGAGGGAGAAGAGUGCAGAGAGAGAGGUGACCCAUAUCCAGUUCACCAGCUGGCCAGACCACGGCGUGCCCGGAGAGCCACACCUCCUCCUGAAGCUGCGGCGACGCGUCAACGCCUUCAAGAACCUCUUCAGUGGACCCAUAGUCAUACACUGCAGUGCUGGAGUGGGAAGAACAGGCACCUACAUGGGCAUCGAUGCCAUGAUGGAGGGGCUGGAGGCCGAGGGCAGAGUGGACAUCUACGGAUACGUGGUCAAGCUCCGGCGCCAGAGAUGCCUCAUGGUUCAAGUGGAGGCUCAGUACAUCCUGAUCCACCAGGCCCUGAUAGAACAUAACCAGUUUGGAGAGACAGAGAUCUCCCUGGCAGAGCUGCACCCCACACUGGGCACGCUCAAACAGAGAGACCCCGGUAACGAGCCCACUCUGCUUGAGGCAGAGUUCCAGAGACUUCCACGGUACAAGAAUUGGCGGACAUUCAACACGGGGAUCAACGAGGAGAACAAGAAGAAGAAUCGCUACUCUUCUGUUAUUCCAUACGACUACAACAGGGUUCUGGUGAAGCUGGAGGAUGACAGCAGCCAUGACCAGGACGAUGAUGAUGAUGAUGAUGACUCUUCAGACGAAGAGGACGAGGAGUCCACCAAAUACAUCAACGCCACACACAUAGAUGGCUACUGGUGUCAGAAGAGUCUGAUUGCAGCCCAGGGCCCUCUAGCCGACACCACAGCAGACUUCUGGCAGAUGGUCUUCCAGAAGAGGGUCAAAACCAUCGUCAUGCUGUCAGACCUCACAGAGGGAGACCAGGAGUUCUGUUCAGCGUACUGGGGAGAUGAGAAGAAAACCUUCAGGGACAUCGAGGUGGAGUUGACAGCCACAGAAACCCUCCCUGCUUACACCACUCGCAGUAUCCAACUCCGUCACCCUAAGAGGAAAGAGAGUCAGCAGGUGAAACAGUACCAGUUCCUGAAGUGGGCGGGACGAGAACUCCCAGAGAAGCCUCAGGAUUUGACGGACAUGAUCAAGAACAUCAAGCAGACCUGUGGCUAUGGCAACAGCAAGCCAGAGAGGAUCCUGCCUGUUGUGGUCCACUGCAAUGAUGGCUCGUCUCGCUCCGGGAUCUUCUGUGCGUUGUGGAACAUCAUGGACAGUGCUGAGACAGAGAAACUGCUGGACGUGUUCCAGGUGGCCAAGGCUCUGCGCAAGGAGAGGCAGGGCAUGAUCCACAGCCUGGAGCAGUACCAGUUUCUUUAUGACGCCGUGGAGGGGUCGUUUCCUGUUCAGAAUGGGGAAGUGAAGCAGCCAGCCACCGCCCCAGCUGAAGAAGCUGACUACGUCCAGGUCGUCAACGAGACCGAGGCAGAGCAGCCUGCCAGCGCUGCCACAGCCACCCAGCAGGGGGAAGCGGUGGUGAAGGAGGCAGUAGAGAGCACUCCCCUAGUGGCAGGGAAAGAAGCAGGUGCCGCAGCAGAGGGCAAGGAGGAUGAGGCUAAUGAGCCAGGUAGCCCUACAGAGAAAACCCCUCUGGACGGGGCUAGUAACGGCCCUGCUGUUACCCUGGAGGUGUGACAGAACCUAUAUAAAGACACUUGAAUGGGAUAUUAGUACUUCAGUGCCUUUUACAGUGUUAGUGGUCAGUGGUCAAUAGACCAUCGGUAGUAUACCCACAAAAAUAGAGAGAUAUCGGAGAGUUUAUAUUGGUAUACUUGGUUUAAUUACUUCUUGAAUGUAUUAUACAUGUAAAGCUUUCAUUUGAAGUUGACAUGUGUUUUGAAUAGAUUUUUAUGCCAUUUUUAAAAAUGUUUCAUAUUAAGAUUUUUAUAGCUUUAUUUCUGUAAAAUUAUGACCUGGCAUGUUUUCAGAUUCAAACUAAGGGCUUUUUUUCAAUCCGUAUCACGGAAAUUCAGCACAAAAGCCCAAUUGAAUUUUUUAAGGCAAUAUUCCUGCUUUGGCGGAGACGGCAUUCACGGUCAACACUGCAAGUGUUGGCUCAAUUGGAAAUGACCUUUACAUUUCGAUCACGAAAUCUGUAACGCUUCAGCAAUACGGAUUGAAUAGAGCCCUAAAUUAUGUAUUGUGGCCAUGGUAAGGUAAGCUGUGUUGGAAAUUGCAAAAAAAUGUGUGAUAUUUUGACAAGCAAAGUAAAUGGCAAACUUUGCACUACAUUGCUGUUUUCAAACUAGAGGUUUCUUUCUUUUUUUUUUUUUUGCAUAUUAGUAUAUAUUGAUAAUGGUUAAGUGGAUGCUGUCAUUUUAAUAUUAGGUUAGCUAUUUUCUGUACUAUCAUAAGCAUACAUCAAACCUGUAUAUUAAUUUAGAUUAAGCAGUAAUAAAGCAGUGUCAAAACGUU